AUGGGUGAGCCAGGAACCGAAGGGCAGCUCCUCUUCACGUACUGGAUCAACAUGUAUCCCAUGAAGGCGGUCUGUGCACUCCCCGGCCAACGUGCCGGCGUGGGUGGGCUCGAUAAGACCGUCAGGAUCUUCAGCCUGGUCACUGGGUGCACACUCUUCAGGCUCACCGACCACAAGGAUGUUGGCCCUGAAAGGAACUACUUCCAGAAGGAGGGAUGUGGUGCAGUGUGGUGCAUGCUUCAUUUGAGGAACAACCUCAUGGCUAGCGGAUCUGACGAUUGCACCGUGCGGCUUUGGGAUGUGGAUCGUGGCAAGUGCCUCUCCACAGUGAUUGGCCAUCGGGGUUAUGGCGAGGAGAUCGGGGAGCCUGGAGUGGGAUGGAAGCUCUCCGAAAGGUUUGCCACCGUCAUCAAGCUUUGCCAUUUGGGCCAGGAUGGACUUCAAUUUGCCAGCUGCUCCUACGACAGGACCGUGGUGAUUUGGGAUGCCAGUGAGCCAUCAGACUUGAAGGUUCUGCGGUGUUUCAAAGCCCAUGGGAAUGGCAUUUUGGGCUUGGCCUACGCAGGUGAGGAGAAGAUCGUCACCUGCUCCGGCGACAAGUCGGUGAAGAUCUGGGACCUCUCGGCCGAUCCGCCGGAGCUCAAAUGCGACAUCGCCACCCGAGGCAUCGCCAGUGACGCUUGCAUGGUGGACGAAGAGACGGUUCUCAUCGCUGGGGGAGAUGCCACGAUCCGAGUCUACAACUGGCAGCAGGACAAGGAGGUGAAGCAGUUCUAUGCCCAUGACAUGACGCUCCAAUGUUGUACGCCCUUCUUUCAGCACCAGAACGACCCACAGAACUGGACCGAGAAGCCGAUCAUGUAUCAGAACGUGACGUACCCGCAGAAUGAGGAAGAUAGCAAGGCAGCACUGGAACAAAUGAGGAGGGUCUUGUACAAUGCCCUCCACUAUUCAGAGGUCUAG